AAUAUAUAUAUUUAUGUGUUUAUGUGUUGUACAAAACGACGUUAAUUUUAACUUAUUUUCGUUGUAUUAAUUUAAUUUUUAUGGAAAAGUGUAUGUUAGUUUGAAUUGUGCGCUCGUUUUUUUUAUUAAGAAGAUACGCGCGCAGUCUACGGAUGAUUUAGUUAUUUUUCCUGGUUACCAAAGUUUAUUUAUAAAUAGGUAUCUAUGAUACCUCCCACGGGAGAUGCCACAGCAGGAAACAGCUUGACCGAUGUUGCUGAGGCAUUUUUAGGUGAUUCUAAUGAUGGAAUUGAUUGGUGGCCAAGUAACUUUGAUGAGGAUUCACCAAUGCCAUUCGAUGCAAGUGCGGGUGGCUUAUGGGCUGGCAAUUUUGUACCUCCACCACCAAGGCCAGCAUUUUUAGAUGAUGAUAUUACACCUGAUGGAGUUACAACAUGUGAUUUAUGUUCCUGGGCUUGGAAAGAUUCUUCAAGUCUUUUUUCAUCGUUAGAUGAAGCUCCCGGAGAAUUAGGAUGGCUUCUAACAUUAAUUAUUGUAUCAUUAAUAUCAGCGGUUAUUGGUGCUGUAAUUAUGGUCACAAUUCUUCAUUGGCGAAGAUUCAAAACAUCUGGUUCAAGAGGUCUUUGUUCGUUAUGUGCCAGUCCAUCAAAUAAUUUAGAAUCAAACAAUGUAACAAUCGAAAAUUGUCAAAACUUUCGAAUGCGGGAACGAGUACCAACUCCAAAUUCUGAUAGCGAUAAGGAUACAAAUGGGCCAAAUAACAAUGCAAAUCCAAAUAACUCAACAGUUCCUAAUGCCGGAGUAUGGUCCUGGUUAACAUCAAAGAAAACAUCGACAAGUUCUAUACAGUUUUCACCAGCAAAUUCAGUCCCAGCAGAAAAUCAUUAUACACAUAUGGACGAUGCGUAUGCGGCUGUUGGAGAAGCAUUGUACGCGGAAUUAGACAGAGAAUCUAAUUGCAGUCCUGCAUAUCAAAAUACCGCCUAUACAGGAUCAGAUACAGAACCUGAUGCGCCAAUAUCAUCGGCACCAAGUAGUGCAUAUUAUUCUGAUUUAUCAGUGACAACAAUUCCCGAACGGGCGUAUGAAAUUGUUGGUAGUGUAAUACAUAAUGUGAGUGUGGCGAAACCGUUGUGGGAACCUAAUAAUGAAGCAAAUAGAUUGAACGAUUUACGAAAAAUAAAUGCUUUACCAAUUGUUAGGCUUUCAGCGAUUAAUGAAACUGUUACAGUACAACCGUCUGAUUAUGUUUGAUUAACAUAAAUAGUAUUUGUCAAUAGUUUUGCAUAAUAACAAAUAUUGUGAUAUUUUCUAACGUACUAGCGAUACUUAAUUUAUUAUUUAAAAUAUUCAUGAAAUGUGAAGAAAUAUAUUGAAACUUAAUUAUUAAAUCUGUUUCGACUUUUGGAUUUAUCGAAAAUCAAUUCAAGCUUUGAGAGUGCGAGAUUAAGCUGACUUCAGAUGCAUUGGCCAAUCAAAAAUCAAUGACAACUCACUCUAUAGCUUCCAAAGAGGAUUUAAUUAAUCGUUACACGAUUUAAUUAAUAUUUACCACAACUUUUUGGUUGAAAUUCAGCGCUAAAAAUGGGGAUUUAAACUGAUUUUUCAUUAAGUAGAUAAAUGUAAUUAUAGAGUUCUGUAGACUGUAAAGACAAGUUGCUUUAAUUAAUCUAAGAUCCAUCCUAAGAUCUAUUAAUGAAAUGUUAUCCACGUAAAACAUAUUCAAGCAAAUUGUACGUAACAUUUAUUUAGUACAAUGGCAUCCUCAUGUAUAA